UCAACUAACUAGUUAAAUAUCGCGGUACCUCGUUAUCUCGACCCUACCGUCCUUUCUGCCCCCGUCCGCACUCCCAUUCCCACUGCAUACAGCACCAAACCCGCCCCUAACACGUCAACCGCCUCCACCAAACCGAUUCAUCGACACGCUUUCACCGCCUCUUCCCGUCCUGCAUUGUCUGAAUUUUUUUUUCAUUCGCCUCCCUACCAAACAUUAAGAACACCCCUGCGUCCCCAUAACUCUAGAGAGGGUCCUUUGCCAAAGCGUUUCGACAGCAAUAAGCUCCAGCCGAAGAAGUCGUUUUCUGUCUGUUGCCUACUUUCACCUAUCAGCUCGACGACUUCUUCCCAUCCCACGUCCUGACGAGUGUCUCCCCCCUUUAAUUUUCCGUUGUCCGCCCGACGUUCCAGCUUACGUUCGUCCUACCGACUAAAUAACAAGCUCUCUUAUUCUUUCCUCUCUCUACCCCCCUCUGUUCGCGGUCUCGUUUCGCUAUAUACGACAACCAUGGCCCCAUCCCGCAAGCCACGCUGUACCUUCAAGGACUGCAAAGACUUCGCCCAGCGCAUCGUCGGCGACUGCAGCUUUUGCAAAGGCCAUUUCUGCAGCAAGCACCGUAUGCUCGAAUCACAUUCAUGCAGCGGACUAGAAGACUGCAAAAAAGAAUCGCACGCACGUAAUGCGGAACGGUUAAACGCGGAGCGGACGACGGUGGUUAAGGGGGUCUAAUCUCGGUGGACACUGGAGCUACUUGCUAUCUGGUUUCUUUUUUUUUUUGAAUAUAUAGGCUUCCCUUCUACUUGGAUGUGAUUUCUGAGAUAUGCUGGUUUUGUUUUGGCAUUUUAGCUGGUAUUCUUCUUUUCAUUCGGAUGUUUGGGUAGAGACUUGGGGCUUCUGCUUUUUGGAAUGAGAUGUAAUUCAUUCAUUCCCGGUGGUUUGUUUCUUGACCUAUUCUUUACUGCAACUUCAGCAUGGUGUGGAAGGUUUGUUUUUUUUUUUUUUUUUUUUUUAGUCCAUUCUCUCUUUGCUUGAGUGAGUGGGUGUGAAUAUGGUGUUCUAUAUGUGAAGAGCAGAUCCCUGCAUACCAGGACUGCUUUCGCGUUUCCCCUGUUAGAAAGAGGAAGUGCCCAGCGGCUUCCAGUUCUCAGACUCUUAACAGGUGAACUUAAAGAUUUUAC